UUCCAUCGCUAGUCCUCGCCCCUGUCCAGGAGGUGGCGGUAAUACACCGGAAGCUGUUUGCCCAUCGCCAAAAACCAAAGUGUAGGAAGAUGAAGAAGUCCGCGAACAUGCGCACUGCGAGUCUACGUUAGCACGACCCUAACGUUGUGGAGUAGAUUGUCGGGAGAUACCUACCUUGAGUACCUGUCCAUUGUUGACUAGACAAACAGGUGUGGGUGUCCGUGUGAUUGAACCCAUCGCCUUGGCAAAAUGGAUUUCCAGCAUCGAGCUGGAGGGAAGACGGGGAGUGGUGGGGUGGCAUCUGCCUCUGAGAGUAACCGUGAUCGACGAGAGCGGUUACGUCAGCUGGCCCUGGAGACCAUUGACAUCAACAAAGACCCCUACUUUAUGAAGAAUCAUUUAGGAUCAUAUGAGUGUAAACUUUGCUUGACACUUCACAACAAUGAGGGCAGCUACUUGGCUCACACACAAGGAAAGAAACAUCAGACCAACUUAGCGCGGAGAGCAGCCAAGGAGGCAAAAGAAGCUCCUGCUCAGCCAGCUCCAGCAAAAGUUAAAGUUGAAGUCAAAAAGUUUGUCAAAAUUGGCCGACCAGGAUACAAAGUAACCAAACAGAGGGACCCAGAGACUGGACAGCAGUCCUUACUUUUCCAGAUUGACUACCCAGAGAUUGCUGAAGGAAUUGGACCCAGGCAUCGUUUCAUGUCCGCUUAUGAGCAGCGCAUCGAACCCCCUGAUCGUCGCUGGCAGUACCUGCUUUUGGCUGCUGAACCAUACGAGACUAUUGCCUUUAAGGUCCCCAGCAGAGAAAUUGAUAAAGCAGAAAACCGCUUUUGGACCCACUGGAACAGAGAAACUAAACAGUUUUUCCUGCAGUUCCACUUCAAAAUGGAGAAAGCUAUUCCUCAGUCCAGUGGUCCACCACCUCCUGCGGGUGUGAAGCGUCCCCCUCCUCUCAUGAGUGGAGUUGGAACUCGCCCACAAAAUGAGUCUAUGCCCCCUCCUCCUCCAGGAGGGAUGUCUGUCCCCCCUCUGCCCCCUGGUGCCCCGAGUGCCCCCCAUAUGCCCCCUCAGAUGCCCAUGCCCCCGAUGCCAAUGAGGCCGCCUCCUCCUGAUGGCCUUACAAUGUCUAAUAAUUGAAUCCCUGCCAGUGUGCGGUCACACUGCCUGUCUACAGUGUCCAUCUCCCUUUAUACAGUCCAGGUAAAUUCAGUUUUAUUAUUUCUACAAGUGAAGCCCACAUUUAGUUCAUUUUAUACAUUGGUUUGUGUAAGGAGGGCAGACCAUAUGACCUCACAGUUUUGUAUAAAUGCUUGGAUUCUGGAUAUGGAGCUAUGAUUGAAAAUAGCUCAUCUUUUAAGAUGCUGUUUUUGUAAUUAAAUUCUGUGGAGAAAAACUGUC